AUGGGCCACACCGACGGGUGUUCGCUUUUGCUGAGAGAGGGCCACGCGCCAGACGUGUACGACACCACCGACCAACUCCCCGUGUUUUAUGCGCGCGGGAAAGGGCACAUGGGAGCGGUGGGACUGCUGGUGCGGCAAUGGCAGUGGGAGUGGUCCAUGCUCAUGCCACCCACCCACAUGCCCGAUGAGAGCAACGGGGACGACGAGGAGGGGAACGACCACAACAUAGGUGAUCGUGAUCGUGUCCGUGGUCCGGGAGAAACCCAAAACCCCGUGUUCUAA